CUUUCAAAAUCCUCCUCCUCCGCCAUCAUCCGCCACCGUGCGGGGAGCAGGUGGUGUCGGAGACGGGAGUGGCGAGAAGCCGGCAGAGCUGACGGAAGAGCACGCCGCGUACCGGGACCUCUGGGCUCGGAGGCGGCGACCCCGACCUGACCUGACCCGGACCCUAAAUCAGUCCCCGCCCCUGCCGGGCGGACGCGCGCGCUUAGGUCUCCUCACGCGGCGGCGCCGCCUGUUUACGUUUGCAGAUUUCCGGGGGAGCCCAGCAACGUGGCCAGCAUGGCCUCUGAAGACAUUGCCAAGCUAGCAGAGACACUUGCCAAAACCCAGGUGGCUGGGGGUCAGCUGAGUUUCAAGGGCAAGAGCCUCAAACUCAACACUGCGGAAGAUGCCAAAGACGUGAUUAAAGAGAUUGAAGACUUUGAUGGCUUAGAGGCUCUGCGCCUGGAGGGCAACACAGUGGGCGUGGAGGCAGCCAGAGUCAUCGCCAAGGCCUUGGAGAAGAAGUCAGAGUUGAAGCGAUGCCACUGGAGUGACAUGUUCACGGGGAGGCUGCGGUCCGAGAUCCCACCAGCCUUGAUCUCACUAGGGGAGGGACUCAUCACAGCCGGGGCGCAGCUGGUGGAGCUGGACCUGAGCGACAAUGCGUUUGGGCCUGAUGGUGUGCGAGGCUUUGAGGCCCUGCUCAAGAGCUCUGCCUGCUUCACCCUUCAUGAGCUCAAGCUCAACAACUGUGGCAUGGGCAUCGGCGGUGGCAAGAUCUUGGCAGCGGCUCUGACUGAGUGUCACCGGAAAUCCAGUGCCCAAGGCAAGCCACUGGGCCUGAAGGUCUUCGUGGCCGGCAGAAACCGUCUGGAGAACGACGGAGCCACCGCUUUGGCAGAAGCUUUCGGGAUCAUCGGGACUCUGGAGGAGGUCCACAUGCCACAGAACGGGAUUAAUCAUCCUGGCGUCACUGCCCUCGCCCAGGCUUUCGCAAUCAACCCCCUGCUGCGUGUCAUCAACCUGAACGACAACACCUUCACUGAGAAGGGCGCUGUGGCUAUGGCCAAGACACUGAAGACCUUGCGACAGGCGGAAGUGAUCAACUUUGGGGACUGCCUGGUGCGCUCCAAGGGUGCCGUCGCCAUUGCCGAGGCUGUGCGUGGGGGUCUGCCCAAGCUGAAGGAGCUGAACUUGUCAUUCUGCGAAAUCAAGAGAGAUGCUGCUCUGGCUGUCGCCGAGGCCGUGGCGGACAAGGCCGAACUGGAGAAGCUGGACCUCAAUGGCAACAUGCUGGGAGAAGAAGGCUGUGAGCAGCUCCAGGAGGUGCUGGAUGGCUUCAACAUGACCAGGGUGCUGGCUUCCCUCAGUGAUGAUGAGGGCGAGGAUGACGAGGAGGAGGAGGAAGAGGAGGAGGAGGAAGAGGAAGGAGAAGAGGAGGAGGAGGAAGAAGAUGAAGAAGAGGAGGAGGAAGAGGAGGAAGAGGAAGAGCCACAGCAAGGGCAAGGAGAGGAGUCAUCCACACCAUCAAGGAAGAUUCUGGACCCAAACAGUGGAGAGCCAGCUCCCGUGCUGUCCUCCCCGCCUCCUGCAGACGUCUCCACUUUCCUGGCUUUCCCCUCUCCAGAGAAGCUGCUGCGUCUCGGCCCCAAGAGUUCAGUGCUCAUAGCCCAGCAGACUGAUACAUCUGACCCAGAAAAGGUGGUCUCUGCCUUUCUGAAGGUGUCGUCUGUGUUUAAGGACGAAGCCCCAGUGAGGACGGCAGUGCAGGAUGCAGUAGAUGCCUUGAUGAAGAAGGCCUUCAGCUCAUCUUCCUUCAACUCCAACGCCUUCCUCACCCAGCUCCUCGUCCACAUGGGUCUGCUCAAGAGUGAAGACAAGAUCAAGGCCAUUGCCAACUUGUACGGCCCACUGAUGGCAUUGAACCACAUGGUACAGCAGGACUACUUCCCCAAGGCCCUUGCACCCCUGCUGCUGGCAUUCGUGACCAAGCCCAAUGGUGCCCUGGAGUCCUGCUCCUUUGCCCGCCACAGUCUACUGCAGACGCUGUACAAGGUCUAGAGGUGAAGCCGGCCUCUCCCCACCCCUUGGCCUGGACCAGUGACAUGGGAAGGGAUUCGGAUGAAGGACUCUGGCCAGAGGCAGGGAGGGUCUUUGUCGCUUGUGUCAUGUCGGUCCCUGCGUAUGCGUGUCGGUGUGGUGCGUGUGCAGGUGUGCACUUCCCAUUAGGGUUUGGGUUUUUAAUGUCUCCCCACUAGACUGGCCCUGGUCCCACCAGAGGGGAGCUGGCCCCCCUGAAAGGGCUGCAGGCUGCUCUGCCAUUAAACUCAUUGCCAUCUGAGGGCACUCUGCUGAUCCAUGCCUCAAGCUUGAGGUCCUGGUGGCUGUCCCCUCCCACCUUGCCUUCUUUACCCUUCUGGGCUGCACUGAAGUCCGGGGAGUUGCUGUCUGUAUGCUGUCCCCUCCCUCUGUGUUAUGGCCGGGCUGUGUUUUCCGCCCUGCCUGGGGCUCCUCACUUGGUGGCUGACUUUGCUUCCUGUCACUAAGCCCUGGUCCUACAGCCACUGCCACCCCCACCGUCCAUCCCUGCUGUGCUGACCUCUGCGGACUGAGGGGCAGAGACUGCCAUGGGUGUGGUGCCACGGGGCAGUCGGCAGAAGGGAAGACGCUGGUUCCCAUGCCGUGUGGACAGGAAGAAAAGCCAGUAGCAGAUACCAGGGGUUUAGGAGCGGGAGUUGCUGGGUAGCUGGCGCUGGCUCCAGACCCAGUGGGGCCCGCCCCCUCACUGCCAAGGUGUCUGUGACUAGCCUAGGGGCCAAGCUGGAGGGGGCUCUUUGGCAGGCCCAAACCUGUUCUCCAGCGCAGGGAGCAGGGGCAGGGCCCAUGGAGCCUGAGCUGCAGUUCUCGGCGCUCUUAAAGGACUUGGACGGGGCGGGGAGUGCGCUGGAGCUGCCCCCUGAUGCUCUGCUUUCCCCUCUGUGUUCUUGGCGUGUCUGGGCUGUGCCCGGGGCUUCUCAAAUAAAGUCAUGUGUGGCAAG